GCACGUAGUUACUUAUGAGCUCCGUUAUCGCAUUCGCAGUUCGAUAUUAUGGUAGACAAAGUCCACGACACCGGUGGCGACUCGCUCCAGACAUCAAUGUCUAACAAACGCAAUUUUUCAAAUUCGUCAAUUUCGCCAAAAGUUGCUGAUAAAAAGUCAAAAAAAUUCGUUACACCUAAUCGGUAUGCCGCCUUGUACUCUGAUGAUUCUAGUGACAACAUAUUUAAUACAUCCACCAACAGUGCGACAGUUUGCAACGAAAAAUCAGGUCCUGCAAAACAAAAUAUCGAGCAGCCUACGCUCGAUACACAAGACGUCACGCCACCUCCGUUUUACAUCUCCAACAUCUCAAAUUUCUCCGCCUUCACAAAUGAGCUAACAAGGUUGACCGGUCCAAACGCAUUUACCUGUGCGUCAAAUGCGGUGGAGACCACCGCUCCGUGAACUGCACAAAGGACCGAGCUAGUCCAGCCAAAUGCGCGCUCUGUUCUGAGGUACACACGGCCAACUACAAAGGAUGCCGUGUUUAUCAAUCCGUUACAAAAAAACGCAAAAAUACAAAUGUACCAACGCCUACAAAGUCUUCGUCAAACGAUGUCCCAGGAGAUCAUGCUCGGCAGCUUUCAAGGAAAUCCUAUGCUGCAGCGACCAAAACGGUAACCUCUUCCAUGGAAUCCAUCACAAAUGUUUUAUCAGAAUUUAUUUCUAAUUUUAACUCUUUAAUUACUCCACUAAUUAAUCUCCUUACCGAGA